GUGCCAUCUGGCUGUUCGGAUAUCCUAUAGAUCUUAAGCGAUGUGCUUGAGAAGCCAGCACGGACCUCAUGCAUGAUUUCUUUGGGAUACAUUUCCGCUUGCCUUUUGCGUUUUUGCUAAAUUUGGGGUUGAUGUCUAAUUGUCCAUAUAGCAGUGUUGGAGAUCAUCGCCUAUAACGGCAGAAUACGGUCAUUUAAAGGCGUUGGCCAUCACAUUGCACCGGAUGUCAGUACACGCACCUAAAUCUCGAGAAGGUAUGUAGAUAUGCCUUUUUCUCCAUAAUGAAAUUGUUAAUACAGAAAUGCAAAAUUGUGUGCUUAGGCUAUCAUUCUUUACAUAGGUUAUUUUGUAAACAAAUUAGUGCACAGCCUUGGAAAGUGUAGGCUUAGUCCUUUUUCAUUAGUCAUGAGCUGCUUUGAGGAAUUGAACCGUUCGUUACCUUCUCUUGCGUUCGUUUUCUUUAUGCCUAUCUGCCAUCACUUCUGGCUGAAUUCAUAUCACCAUAGUUAUGCAUUUUUCGAAGACAAUUAACUCAGACAAUGAUUAGACAAUUUCAUCACGUAUUCACCCUUACUCUCUCCCGCUGCUCUCUCUUCCUAAGAAGCAGUGAACUUAUAUUAUGUGAGCAUGCAUGACAGAUGGCAAUAAUGUAGCCAGACAGUAGCCUACAUAGACUCAGUGGAAGUUAACUUGCAGUAGAACGUUGUUAGAAUAUGAUGGGUGGCAUAUAGGAAGGGACUGGAUGCAGCCUAUAAAAUGUGUCUAUAAAGUGUUUAGAGACUAUUUUAAUAAUAUUUUCUCUAUAUGCUUUUGUAUAAACUGUUAACCACAUACUUUUCCCUGUUCAGUGAACCACUCUUUGAAAAUCCCCCAUGCGCCAUGUGUGAGCGCAAAUAAGAGGCUAGUUCAUAGGUGCAAGUUUCGUUUUAAGCGAUGCCCCUGUGAAUGUGGGUCGCCCGGCGUUUGGAUUUACAUCUAAGCUCGUAGAGCAAUUGGAUUUAAGCCUCUUGACCGCACCGCUCAAAACCUGCUGACACACGCGCCCCGUGUCUUUGUGUGCUCUCAUGCCCGUUUCCACGGGCGACCGGGCCUAUUCACCCUUUGCAUUUUUUUUCUUUCUCCCCAUCCUCCCAUUUCCUCUUCCGUUGUGAAAACGAAACUAAACCCCAUUGUCAGUGAAUGUGUUUUUUUUUUCAGGGUCCCCCAAACUGCCCACAUUGACUCGGUACCGGUACCCCCUGGAUAUAGCCUCAUUAUUGUUAUUGUAUUGUGUUACUUUUUUAUUUUUUUACUUUAGUUUAUUUAGUAAAUAUUUUCUUAACUCUAUUUUCUUAAAACUGCAUUGUUGGUUAAGGGCUUGUAAGUAAGGCCAUUUCACUGUAAGGUCUACACCUGUUGUAUUGUGCAUAUGUGACAAAUACAGUAGAGACCAAAGGAAUUUCCAGAGUUAGCCAUCCCUGAGACAGGGUGUGGUAACUCGUAUGUCUAAAGUUUAGUAAAAAUGAUAGUUACAAGGGGACCUUUUGUAAAAGGGCAUUAUAAAUGAAAACAUUACAAUGUACACUACAUGGCCAAAAGUAUGUGGACACCUGCUCGUCGAACAUCUCAUUCCAAAAUCAUGAGCAUUAAUAUGGAGCUGGUCCCCACUUUGCUGCUACAACAGCCUCCACUCUUCUGGGAAGUCUUUCCAGCAAUGUUGGAACAUUGCUGUAGGGACUUGCUUCCAUUCAGCCACAAGAGCAUUAGUGAGGUCGGGCACUGAUGUUGGACGAUUAGGCCUGGCUCGCAGUCGGUGUUCCAAUUCAUCCCAAAGGUGUUCGAUGGGGUUGAGAUCAGGGCUCUGUGCAGGCCAGUCAAGUUCUUCCAUAACGAUCUCGACAAACCAUUUCUGUAUGGACCUCACUUUGUGCAUGGUGGCAUUGUCAUGCUGAAACAGGAAAGGGCCUUCCCCAAACUGUUGCCACAAAGUUGGAUGCACAGAAUCGUCUAGAAUGUCAUUGUUUAUUGGAACUAAGGGGCCUAGCCCUAACCAUGAAAAACAGCCCCAGACCAUUAUUCCUCCGCCACCAAAUUUUACAGUUGGCACUAUGCAUUGGGGCAGGUAGCGUUGUCCUGGCCUCCACCAAACUCAGAUUCGUCCGUCGGACUGCCAGAUGGUGAAGCGUCAUUCAUCACUCCAGAGAAUGCGUUUCCACUGCUCCAGAGUCCAAUGGCGGCAAGCUUUACUCCACUCCAGCCGACGCUUAGCAUUGCGCAUGGUGAUCUUAGGCUUGUGUGCGGCUGCUCGGCCAUGGAAACCCAUUUCAUGACGCUCCCGACGAACAGUUCUUGUGCUGACGUUGCUUCCAGAGGCAGUUUGGAAAUCGGUAGUGAGUAUUGCAACCGAGGACAGACAAUUUUUACACGCUACGCGCUUCAGCACUCAGCGGUCCCGUUCUGUGAGCUUGUGGCUGAGCCGUUGUUGCUCCUAGACGUUUCCACUUAACAGUAACAGCACUUACAGUUGACUGGGGCAGAUCUAGCAGAGCAGAAAUGUUAUGAACUAACUUGUUGAAAAGGUGGCAUCCUAUGACGGUGUCACGUUGAAAGUCACUGAGCUCUUCAGUAAGCCCAUUUUACUGCCAAUGUUUGUCUAUUGGAGAUUGCAUGGCUGUGUGCUCGAUUUUAUACACCUGUCAGCAACAGGUGUGGGUGAAAGAGCCGAAUCCGCUAAUUUGUAUAUACAGUUGAAGUCGGAAGUUUACAUACACCUUAGCCAAAUACAUUUAAACUCAGUUUUUCACAAUUCCUGACAUUUAAUCCUAGUAAAAAUUCCCUGUCUUAGGUCAGUUAGGAUUACCACUUUAUUUUAAGAAUGUGAAAUGUCAGAAUAAUAGAGAGAAUUAUUUAUUUCAGCUUUUGUUUCUUUCAUCACAUUCCCAGUGGGUCAGAAGUUUACAUACACUCAAUUAGUAUUUGGUAGCAUUGCCUUUAAAUUGUUUAACUUGGGUCAAACGUUUCGGGUAGCCUUCCACAAGCUUCCCACAAUAAGUUGGGUGAAUUUUGUCCCAUUCCUCCUGACAGAGCUGGUGUAACUGAGUCAGAUUUGUAGGCCUCCUUGCUCGCACACGCUUUUCAGUUCUGCCCACAAAUGUUCUAUAGGAUUGAGGUCAGGGCUUUGUGAUGGCCACUUCAAUACUUUGACUUUGUUGUCCUUAAGCCAUUUUGCCACAACUUUGGAAGUAUGCUUGGGGUCAUUUGGAAGACCAUUUGCGACCAAGCUUUAACUUCCUGACUGAUGUCUUGAGAUGUUGCUUCAAUAUAUCCACAUAAUUUUCCUUCCUCAUGAUGCCAUCUAUUUUGUGAAGUGCACCAGUCCCUCCUGCAGCAAAGCACCCCCACAGCAUGAUGCUGCCACCCCCGUGCUUCACGGUUGGGAUUUCUCCAAAAAGUACAAUCUUUGUCCCCAUGUGCAGUUGCAAACCGUAGUCUGGCUUUUUUAUGGCGGUUUUGGAGCAGUGGCUUCUUCCAUGCUGAGCGGCCUUUCAGGUUAUGUCGAUAGAGGACUCGUUUUACUGUGGAUAUAGAUACUUUUGUACCUGUUUCCUCCAGCAUCUUCACAAGGUCCUUUGCUGUUGUUCUGGCAUCUUCACAAGGACCUUUGCUGUUGUUCUGGGAUUGAUUUGCACUUUUCGCACCAAAGUACGUUCAUCUCUAGGAGACAGAACGCGUCUCCUUCCUGAGCGGUAUGACGGCUGCGUGGUCCCAUAGUUUUUAUACUUGCGUACUGUUGUUUGUACAGAUGAACGUGGUACCUUCAGGCGUUUGGAAAUUGCUCCCAAGGAUCUUUUGAUUUUCCCAUGAUGUCAAGCAAAGAUGCACUGAGUUUGAAGGUAGGGCUUGAAAUACAUCCACAGGUACUCCUCCAAUUGACUCAAAUGAUGUCAAUUAGCCUAUCAGAAGCUUCUAAAGCCAUGACAUCAUUUUCUGGAAUUUUCCAAGCUGUUUAAAGGCACAGUCAACUUAGUGUAUGUAAACUUCUGACCCACUGGAAUUUUGAUAAAGUGAAUUAUAAGUGAAAUAAUCUGUCUGUAAAAAAUUGUUGGAAAAUUACUUGUGUCAUGCACAAAGUAGAUGUCCUAACCGACUUAUCAAAACUAUAAGUUUGUUAACAAGAAAUUUGUGAAGUGGUUGAAAAACGAGUUUGAAUGACUCCAACCUACGUGUAUGUAAACUUCCGACUUCAAUUGUAUAGUGUAUCAGCCUACAUGACAUCAAAGAGGGUCAACCAACUUUCUGGUAGAGAAUGCAGUGAUGAGUACUAAAAGUAUCUUACUUAUGUACUGUAUGUUGUUCUCUAUGAUCUUUUAUACAUCAACUCAAAUAAGGCUUUUUAAAUCAGUUUUUAUAGUGAACAAAAAUAUAAACGCAACAUGCAACAUUAGGCCCUAAUCUAUGGAUUUCACAUGACUGGGAAUACAGAUAUGUAUCUGUUGGUUACAGAUACCUUUAAAAAAUGGGCCUCACAAUGGGCAUCAGGAUCUGAACAUUCAAUUCUCUGCUAACAGCUCUGGUGGACAUUCCUGCAGUCAGGAUGCCAAUUGCACGCUCCCUCAAAACUUGACACAAUCUGUGGCAUUGUGUUGUGUGGGCGGCAGGUAGCGUAGUGGUUAAGAGCGUUGUGCCAGUAACCGAAAGGUCGCUGGUUCUAAUCCCCGAGCUGACUAGGUGAAAAACCUGUCGAUGUGCCCUUGAGCAAGGCACUUAACCCUAAUUGCUCUGGAUAAGAGCGUCUGCUAAAUGACCAAAUUAUUUAUUUGUGUGACAAAACUGUACAUUUUAGAGUGGCCGUUCAUUGUCCCCAGCACAAGGUGCACCUGUGUAGUGAUCAUGCUCUUUAAUCAGCUUCUUGAUAUGCCUCACCUGUCAGGUGGAUGGAUUAUCUUGGCAAAGGAGAAAUGCUCACUAACAGGGAUGUAAAAAAUGUGUGCACAAAAUUUGAGAGAAAUAAGCUUUUUGUGCAUAUGGAACAUUUCUGGGAUCUUUUAUUUCAGCUCAUGAAACAUGAGACCAACACUUUACAUCUUGUCUUAGAACAUGUGUUUGGGAGGGAUGGGUAACCACAGAGACCUACUGACAUGUGUGUGGAGAGAGAACUCUUAUGAGCAUAAAUCCCUCAUCUCUUAUCCUCUGUAAUUAACUUAAACUGCUGUCACUGUGGCGACCGGCCGGUUCACUGGCAUACAAGUCUCUCACAGGUCUCUAAUGCAUGUUAGCUUUAGCAGCAGCUAGUGCCUCAAAAAGUGACAGCUGUGUAGGGGGGUGGGGAGGUACCCAUCCUAAUUAAUGGUAGGGGAAAUACUGAUCAGUUGUUCAGUCCUUUUUUAGAUCUGUGCAAUUAGUGUGAGGCUGGAAAUAACCCCUGCACUAACAGUUUACACCAGGGAAUGUUCUUACGUAUAGGUGAUCCAUGUGCAGAGUUUGGCAAACUCAGAUUUUGAACUUGAUGGGCAUCAUGUUAAAAGGAUACUUCGGGAUUUUGGCCAUUUUUAUGACUCUGUGUCCAGUAUGAAGGAAGUUACAGGUAGUUUCGCGAGCCAAUGCUAACUAGCGUUAGCGCAAUGACUGGAAGUCUAUGGUAUCUGCUAGCAUACAGUACCAGUCAUUGCGCUAACGCUAGUUAAAAAUUGCGCUAGUGCUAGUUAGCAACUUCCUUCAAACUGCAUGCAGGGAAAUACAAAUGGUAUCCACGAGUUCAUCUGACUCUGGGGAAGUAGAAAAAGCUGUCAUCAAGGCAAAGGGUGGCUACUUUGAACAUUCUCAAAUAUAAAAUAUAUUUGGAUUUGUUUAACACUUUUUUGGUUACUACAUGAUUCCAUAUGUGUUUUUUCAUAGUUUUGAUAUCUUCACUAUUAUUCUACAAUGUAGAAAAUAGUAAAAAUAAAGCAAAACCCUGGAAUGAGUAGGUGUGUCCAAACUUUUGACUCGUACUGUAUCCUCUGUAGCUCAAUUGGUAGAGCACGGCGCUUGUAAUGCCAGGGUAGUGGGUUCGAUCCCCGGGACAACCCAUACGUAAAAAUGUAUGCACACAUGACUGUAAGUCGCUUUGGAUAAAAGCGUCUGCUAAAUGGCAUAUUUAUUUAUUUAUAUAUAUAUUGUAUUUUUUUGCAAUUUGUAUGAUAUAUUACAAAUCCAAUUUGUACAAUAUGUUAUGAAUUUGUUGUGCUUAAAUCGUUAACUUAGCACCAACAUUACAUUAAGGUUUUCAAUUAUCUAAAGAGGUUUAAGGCAUCCGCAUGCUUCCCAGCCGAAACAGUUCGGUAGAGUUUGUGCAUAUAUUAUGACGACAUUUUGUGACGUUUUUUGGACUUCGUUGAGGGCUUUUUCGGCUGUUCGGGCACACACAUAUUUUUCUUGAGGCAAGCCGGAGUUAGGAGUCGAAGUCUAAACCCCUUCGUCAGUGAUUGGUCAAAACUAGGGAUUCUUCAAUAAAGUCUUUGUUGUCAUUCAACAAGAGACGACUCGUGUUCAUGCACAUUCUUUCAUUGAAAAAUACUAAUUAGAUGUAAGAUCUCUUUGGCAAAAACGUCACAAUUAAUGACAGAUUUCUUUAAUUAUCUUUGAUUAAUUCUGACUAUUUUGAGUACUGACUACGGAGUCUCAAAAUGGACAAAAUGGCUAUGCACCAGCCGAACUGAAGCAUGCUGACACCUUUACUUGUCUAGCCUUCUUUACUCUAAUACACGUGUUCCUUUUCCAUAUGAACUAGUCUAUGUAAUAAAGUUUCUCCUCUUUCUCUCACUGCAGCAUAAGCAGGAUCAAAUCCAGACACAGCCAUGGAAGCUGUCACCCACUUUAUGAAUGACACGGUAGAGUUCUACAGAUGGAGCCUUACUAUAGCAGGUGAGUUAGCGCUGAUCUCUCUCACAUAGCAGGGACAGUCUGCUAAUCUAACCACACUCACAAGCACAAACUCAGGUACACGUGUGUGUGUGUUUGUGUGUGUGUGUGCGUGUGUGCAAUACAAUACACUAUUAGAGCAAUACGGAGCACUAUAAUUGAGUAUAUCCUCCAGACACCAUUGGUGCAACAUUAUGUAGUCAUACAUUCAGACAGGAUUCAGAGUCAGACAUUACGUGUGUCUGUCAUAUGACCACUGCUGACAUUAACCCUUUCCUGUCCCUCUCCCAGACAAGCGGGUGGAGAAAUGGCCGAUGAUGUCGUCACCCGCCCCCACACUGGCCAUCAGCUGCCUGUACUUGCUCUUCCUUUGGGUGGGGCCUAAGUACAUGCAGAAUCGAGAGCCUUUCGAGCUAAGGAAGACCCUCAUAGUUUACAACUUCAGUAUGGUGAUACUCAACUUUUACAUCGCCAAAGAGGUAACCAGCUCCAUUCCUUUUACACCAAAAGUAAUUAAUGGCAUGUUCCAUUUCUUUUCAGGCCAUUGUCUAUUUGGUUCCCAGUCCCUGUCCCUUCAGUGUCUACAGAUUGGAAACGGCUUCCACUGGGCACAUACUGAUUGAAUCAACAUUGUUUCCACAUCAUUUCAACAAAAUUACAUUGAACCAACGUGGAAUUGACGUCUGUGCCCAGUAGGUUGAUAGUUGAUAGCAAUAUGACCCCUGCUUUAGGUUAAUCUGUUGUUGGGCAAGGUUGAGCCAUCACCGAAUGGCUGAUGUAGCAUGCCAUGUACCAACCCUGCCUGAAUUCAAUACUCCCCUACCAUACCUACAGUAGCACUGCACCUGUCAACCAUCCACUACAGUUACAUCUAUAUAGUCCUUUUAGACCUGUAGACUCAGAGGAAAUAGGGUCUAGGGCACAACUCCAGUCCUCGAUAGCUGCAGUGAUGCUGGUUUUCAUUUCUCCCUGGCAAUUGCUUCCACACCCCCGGUCCCCCAGGUGUAAAUUGGUCUCUGUGGCCCUUGAGGACUGGUGGUGUGUAUCCAUUGUAUAGAGCCUUUUGUAGGCCCGUGGAUCAAUUAACAAAACUCAGUCGGGGUGUUGUUACUGUUGAGCGUUAGAAUAGUAGAAUACACAAGGUGCAAUUUCGAAAUGUGGUUAUGCAUCAUAAUUUUUUCUCUUGUUAUGUCAGUCACUGACAGUCCCUCAAUUAGCCCAUGUCAUUUUUUAGAUUGGUAAAUUAGUCUUGCCAGCUAUCUAAACUUGUAAUAUUUAUGGUUGAAUUACCGACCAGGGGGCCCCCAUUGAUUUUGUUAGUCACUCUCACUCAGAUAUCAUAUUAAAAAAUGCUAACAUUUCUCUCCACCCUAUGACAAAAUGUGUAGAAUUGCAAGAAAUUAGCUGUAAAACUGCACAUUGUUCUCUCCGCCCCAUGGCAGAAUUAGAAGAAUUUGCAUAAAAUUAGUUAUAAAAUUACAAAAUCUUCUCUCCACAACAUGGCAACAACAACAUUUCACUUAGGUCCCUCAAAAGGCUAGGGCCGGCUCAGACCUGCAUGUGUGGGUAUGGAUGUCGAUACGGCGCAGACCCGUGAGCCACUGCGGCCCCUCAUGUGGUCCUCUGUAGCUCAAUUGGUAGAGCAUGGUGCUUGUAACGCCAGGGUAGUGGGUUCGGUCCCCGGGACCACCCAUACGUAAAAAUGUAUGCACACAUGACUGUAAGUCGCUUUGGAUAAAAGCGUCUGCUAAAUGGCAUAUUAUAAAUGGCAUAUUAUGAUGAGUUCAGAUUUUUUGUGGCCCCCACCCCAAUCAAAGUUGCACAUUCCUGGUCUAGAGGAAAGGGACUAUCCCUAACAUUGUGUUCCUAAUGUUGUGUCCCUAACAUUGUAUCUCUGUGGUCCUCAGCUCCUCCUGGGUGCAAGAGCAGCGGGGUACAGCUACCUAUGUCAACCUGUCAGCUACUCCAACGACGUCAACGAAGUCAGGGUGAGCAAACAUGACACACUACACUAUUUUUCUAUCAGUUUGAUGAAAAGGCCAAGAGCUACAGCUUGUCUGGUCAUUCUGUUCAUAAGCCAGCAAAGACUGGACAUGUUAGCCUUCCAGCCUUCUAAUUGAUACAGGUUGGGACUCCUGUAUUUGAGGUGUAGAGUGAGGUCAAGCUUUAGCAGCAUGUGGUUCUGUGUAAAUCUAAGCAGCCGUACUGUAAUCCUAUUGUUAGUUUAAGUAGACUAUCACUCUAUUUGUGUGUGUGUGUGUGUGUGUGUGUGUAUGUGUGUGUGUGUGUGUGUGUGGGGGGGGGGGGGGGGGGGGGGUGGGUGUGUGUGUAAGAGAUAGAGAGAGGGAGAGGAGGAGAAUGUCAGAGAUAGAUCUAUGGUGAUUCCAGGAUGGAGGGGGCGUGACCUUUAGCAUAAAGGGGAGGAGUUAUUAGGUCUCACCACUUCUGAACCCGCCCAUAGCAUGAUGGCAUUACUGAGGGAUAAGAGUGACACACUCAGGGCACUGUGGCACACAGCUUCUCUCUCUCUCUCUCUCUCUCUCUCUCUCUCUCUCUCUCUCUCUCUCUCUCUCUCUCUCUCUCUCUCUCUCUCUCUCUCUCUCUCGCUCUCUCUCUCUCGCUCUCUCGCUCUUUCUGUCUCUCUCUCUUUCUCUCUGUGUGUGUGUGUGUGUGUGUGUGUGUGUGUAGCAAAUACAAAGGGAUACGAGAGAGAGAGUAUGUUGGUGGGGGUUGGGAAUGGAUAUGGACAGGCUACUUUGUCCAGUUGUAGUCUGACAUACAAGAGGUUGAGCUCUACUUUUCUUAUAGGCUUGGGAACAAGCCAGCAACAACCCUAAUACAACAGCUAUCCUCAUGUAUUAGCGCUUAUUGUACCAUCCCCUUAAAAAAAAACUUUCUCUACCAGACCACAGGCUAACCUGCCAUGUAAUUUACCAAUGCCCCUUUCACGGUCAUCACGAUCCCCUAUGGACAGAGUUGACCCUAACAUUAUUGACUCUGACCUUAGAUUUACAGAGAUGAUCCAGGUGAAGUUAUCUUUGAUCUUGAUCAGGAUCCAAUUGAACCUUACAUCCCAACUUCAGUGACUUCAAUAGAUUCAAUAAUUGCAAUAAAAUGUGUUUGUGCGUGUGAGGGUGUGUCCUUGAUGCAUACAUGUGUGGAUGAUGCAUGAUAAUGAGUGUGUGUGUGAAAAACAAGGUGACUAGCGUUUGUUAUCCAUAAUCCCAACCCAGUGGAAUCCAUAAAAUCCUUUAGAAUCCUCUUUAAAGCGUUUCAGGAAAUUGGGAAUCUUCAUUGUCUUUGAGUUGAGCAGCAAUGAUCUUGUACAGUUGAAGUUUACAUACACUUAGGUUGGAGUCAUUAAAACUUGUUUUUCAACCACUCCACAAAUUUCUUGUUAACAAACUAUAGUUUUGGCAAGUCGGUUAGGACAUCUACUUUGUGCAUGACACAAGUCAUUUUUCCAACAAUUGUUUACACACAGAUUAUUUCACUUAUAAUUCACUGUAUCACAAUUCCAGUGGGUCAGAAGUUUACAUACACUAAGUUGACUGUGCCUUUAAACAGCUUGGAAAAUUCCAGAAAAUGAUGUCAUGACUUUAGAAGCUUCUGAUAGGCUAAUUGACAUAAUUUGAGACCUUAUAGAGUUGAAUCCAAGAUGGCGAAGUAGUGCAGUUCUGUUUUUGUCGUGUGUCUGUAAAUAGCCUGUAAAUACCCUGUUUUUGUUGUAUUUUUCGUACAUAUUUCCCUAUCAGACGUUUCAUUCUUCUACAAAAUAUACUUUCCUGCAACCCGCCUCACUCAAUGUGGAACGGAUUCUAUUAUUGACUUACCUUUUAUCUAGAAUCUCCAGUUGAAACUAGCUAGCCAGCUAACUAGCUACUUGUUAUUAGCCACAGUUAGCUGUAUUUCACCCAGAACAUUGUUUUUUUUUCUGCGGGAUUAAUUUAAUCACUGGAUAUUAAUCACCGGAUAUUCGGCCAGUCUGCACAGCGCGUUAUCGACCCAGAACAUAUCAGUUUUUCUGCCGGAAUCACUGAAUCACUGGACCUUUAACUCCGGAUUCAUCGCUACCAGCUAGCUGCAACUAUAUGGACGCUGUGGUCUGGCUAAUCAUCCUGAGCUAGGCCCAUCUCCCGGCUAUCUACCUCUCUGUCAACCGGACGGGACCACCUAGUGUUGACACGGAGCCCCGCCGAUCCUACACGACUGGUCUGCCGAUGAAAUCGUCUGAUGUGGUUACAACGUCGACCACGAAGAUUCCAUCUGCUAGCCCCGGCCCGCUAGCACACGCUAGCCGUGGCCUCUUACUCGCUAGUGCUUUAGCAGCCUCCGAACUAUCCUAUUGCUGUUCACCGGACCUUAUGAUAACUCAGCUAUACAGCUGAUGUCUGCUGGACUGUUCCUUUUUACGGUACUACAUCCUGUUUAUGUUUAGCCUCAGCCCAAACAUGGUUAGCUUAUUGUUGUUUCGGUUAUUUCUAAUUGUACUAUUUCACUGUAGAUCCCCCAGCCCAGCUAAACCUGCCUUAGAUAGCUCCUUUGUCCCACCCCCCAUACACGCGGAGACCGACUCAAUUGGUGCCUCUAGUGAUACUAUCACUUUCAUUGUUACCCAACGCUUAGGUUUACCUCCACUUUACUCAUAUCCUUCCAUAUCCUUGUCUGUACAUAAUGCCCUGAAUCUUUUCUACAACACCCGGAAAUCUGCCCCCUUUAUUCUAUGUACCCAACGUACUAGAAGACCAGUUCUUAAAGCCUUUAGCCGUAUCCUUAUUCUAGUCCUCCUCUGUUCCUCUGGUGAUGUAGAGGCUAACCCAGGCCCUGCAGCCCUCAGUAUCACUCCUACUCCCCAGGCGCUAUCAUUUGCUGACUUCUGUAAUCGCAAAAGUCUUGGUUUCUUGCACGUAAAUAUCAGAAGUCUACUUCCUAAGUUUGAGUUAUUCACUGCGUUAGCACACUCCGCCAACCCUGGUGUUCUAGCAGUGUCUGAAUCCUGGCUCAGGAAGGCCACCAAAAAUUCUGAAAUUUCCAUCCCCAACUAUAACAUUUUCCGUCUAGAUAGAACUGCCAAAGGGGGUGGAGUUGCAAUCUACUGUAGAGAUAGCCUGCAGAGUUAUAUCAUACUAUCCAGGUCUGUGCCCAAACAGUUUGAGCUUCUACUUCUAAAAAUCCACCUUUCCAGAAAUAAGUCUCUCACUGUUGCCGCUUGCUACAGACCCCCCUCAGCCCCCAGCUGUGCCCUGGACACCAUAUGUGAAUUGAUUGCCCCCCAUUUAUCCUCAGAGUUCGUACUGCUUGGUGACCUAAAUUGGGAUAUGCUUAAUACCCCGGCCAUCCUACAAUCCAAACUAGAUGCCCUCAACCUCACGCAAAUUAUCAACGAACCUACCAGGUACAACCCUAAAUCCGUAAACAUGGGUACCCUCAUAGAUAUCAUCCUGACUAACAUACCCUCUAAAUACACCUCAGCUGUCUUCAACCAGGAUCUCAGCGCUCACUGCCUUAUUGCCUGCGUAACGGGUCCGCGGUCAAACGACCACCCCUCAUCACUGUCAAACGCUCCCUAAAACACUUUAGCGAGCAGGCCUUCCUAAUUGACCUGGCCCAGGUAUCCUGGAUGGAUAUAGAUCUCAUUCCGUCAGUAGAGGAUGCCUGGUUGUUCCUUAAAAGUAAUUUCCUCUCAAUCUUAAAUAAACAUGCCCCAUUCAAAAAAUACAGAACUAAGAACCGAUAUAGCCCCUGGUUCUCCUCAGACUUGACUGCCCUUGACCAGCACAAAAACAUCCUGUGGCGUACUGCAUUAGCAUCAAAUAGCCCCCGCGAUAUGCAACUUUUCAGGGAAGUUAGGAAUCAAUAUACACAAGCAGUCAGGAAAGCAAAAGCUAACUUUUUCAAACAGAAAUUUGCAUCCUGUAGCACUAACUCCAAAAAGUUUUGGGACACUGUAAAGUCCAUGGAGAAUAAGAGCACUUCCUCCCAGUUGCCCACUGCACUGAGGCUAGGAAACACUAUCACCACCGAUAAAUCUACAAUAAUUGAGAAUUUCAACAAGCAUUUUGCUACAGCUGGCCAUGCUUUCCAUCAGGCUACCACUACCCUGGCCACCAACUAUGCACCCUCCGUUGCAACUUGCCCAUGCCCCCCCCCCCCCCCCCCCCCCCCCCGCUUCUCCUUCACACAAAUUCAGACAGCUGACGUUUUGAAAGAGCUGCAAAAUCUGGACCCCUACAAAUCAGCUGGGCUAGACAAUCUGGACCCUUUCUUUCUAAAACUAGCCGCCGAAAUUGUCGCAACCCCUAUUACUAGUCUGUUCAACCUCUCUUUCAUAAAGUCUGAGAUCCCCAGAGAUUGGAAAGCUGCCGCGGUCAUCCCCCUCUUCAAAGGGGGUGACACUCUAGAUCCAAACUGCUACAGACCUAUAUCCAUCCUGCCCUGCCUUUCGAAAGUAUUUGAAAGCCAAGUUAACAAACAGAUCACCGACCAUUUCGAAUACCACCGUACCUUCUCCGCUAUGGAAUCCGGUUUCCGAGCUGGUCAUGGGUGCACUUCAGCCACGCUCAAGAUCCUAAACGAUAUUAUAACCGCGAUUGAUAAUAGACAGUACUGUGCAGCCGUCUUCAUCGACCUGGCCAAGGCUUUCGACUCUGUCAACCACCGCAUUCUUAUUGGCAGACUAAAUAGCCUUGGUUUCUCAAAUGACUGCCUCGCCUGGUUCACCAACUACUUCUCAGAUAGAGUUCAGUGUGUCAAAUCGGAGGGCCUGUUGUCUGGACCUAUGGCAGUCUCUAUGGGGGUGCCACAGGGUUCAAUUCUUGGGCCGACACUUUUCUCCGUGUAUAUCAAUGAUGUCGCUCUUGCUGCUGGUGACUCUCAGAUCCACCUCUACGCAGACGACACCAUUUUGUAUACAUCUGGCCCUUCAUUGGACACUGUGUUAACAAGCCUCCAAACGAGCUUCAAUGCCAUACAACACUCCUUCAGUAGCCUCCAACUGCUCUUAAACACUAGUAAAACUAAAUGCAUGCUUUUCAAUCGAACGCUGCUGGCUGGUUCAUCCUUGGGAGCAAUUCCAAAUGCCUGAAGAUACCACGUUCAUCUGUACAAACAAUAGUACACAAGUAUAAACACCAUGGGACCACGCAGCCAUCAUACCGCUCAGGAAGGAGACGCGUUCUGUCUCCUAGAGAUUAACGUACUUUGGUGCGAAAGCUAAUCAAUCCCAGAACAACAGCAAAGGACCUUGUGAAGAUGCUGGAGGAAAUAGCUACAAAAGUAUCUAUAUCCACAGUAAAACUAGUCCUAUAUCGACAUAACCUGAAAGGCCAGAAGGAAGAAGCCACUGCUCCAAAACCGCCAUAAAAAAGCCAGACUACGGUUUGCAACUGCACAUGGGGACAAAGAUCGUACUUUUUGGAGAAAUGUCCUCUGGUCUGAUGAAACAAAAAUAUAACUGUUUGGCCAUAAUGAACAUUGUUAUGUUUGGAGGAAAAAGGGGUCAGCUUGCAAGCCGAAGAACACCAUCCCAACCGUGAAGCACGGGGGUGGUAGCAUCAUGCUGUGUGGGUGCUUUGCUGCUGGAGGGACUGGUGCACUUCACAAAAUAGAUGGCAUCAUGAGGAAGGAAAAUUAUGUGGAUAUAUUGAAGCAACAUCUCAAGACAUCAGUCAGGAAGUUAAAGCUUGGUCGCAAAUGAGUCUUCCAAAUGGACAAUGACCCCAAGCAUAGUUGUGGCAAAAUGGCUUAAGGACAACAAAGUCAAGAUAUUGGAGUGGCCAUCACAAAGCCCUGACCUCAUUCCUAUAGAAAAUGAAAAAGUGUGUGCGAGCAAGGAGGCCUACAAACCUGACUCAGUUACACCAGCUCUGUCAGUAGGAAUGGGCCAAAAUUCACCCAACUUAUUGUGGGAAGCUUGUGGAAGGCUACCCGAAACAUUUGACCCAAGUUAAACAAUUUAAAGGCAAUGCUACCAAAUACUAAUUGAGUGUAUGUAAACUUCUGACCUACUGGGAAUGUGAUGAAAGAAAUAAAAGCUGAAAUAAAUAAUUCUCUCUACUAUUAUUCAGACAUUUCACAUUCUUAAAAUAAAUGUGUGAUCCUAACUGACCUAAGACAGGGAAUUUUUACUAGGAUUAAAUGUCAGAAAUUGUGAAAAACUAAGUUUAAAUGUAUUUGGCUAAGGUGUAUGUAAACUUCCGACUUCAACUGUAUAUGUUGAGAUAGCUCACUGCCUCCCUCUUCCCGUUGGCAGAUAGCGUCUGCUCUGUGGUGGUACUACAUCUCUAAGGGAGUGGAGUAUCUGGACACAGUGUUCUUCAUCCUGAGGAAGAAGUUUAACCAGGUCAGCUUCCUCCAUGUCUACCAUCACUGCACCAUGUUCAUCCUCUGGUGGAUCGGAAUCAAGUGGGUCCCUGGUGGACAGUGUAAGUACCUAGGGGUACAUUGGGGUUGUGUGUGUGUGUGUGUGUGUGUGUGUGUGUGUGUGUGUGUGUGUGUGUGUGUCUGUGUGAAGACAUUUUCCCACCUGGAUAAUCUCUCCCCAGCACUGUUAUACUGUUCUGACAGGGGUGAUGACAUAACAUGCUAACAUGCACUCAUAAGCAGUCUGACCUGUAUCCCCUCUGAACUACCUUUAACCUAUAUCCCCCUCACAGCAUUCUUCGGAGCAGGCAUAAAUUCAUCCAUCCAUGUCCUGAUGUAUGGAUACUAUGGCCUGGCCGCUUUCGGACCCAAGAUCCAGAAAUUCCUCUGGUGGAAGAAAUACCUGACCAUCAUUCAGAUGGUAAGUCUCCCUCUUACUGUGGCCAUAGCACAGCUGUUCGGGUAGUGUGUGAUUGAUACUGAAACACAUCUUUGCAUGUCAAAAUAUAUUUAAUUGUUUGGAGUGUGCAGUCUGACUCAUUGAUCAGGGAUUAUGUUGGGAUUAUUACAUUCAGAUUAAGCAUGUCAGUUAAGCAUGGGUUUUGUGUACGUCACAGAUCCAGUUCCAUGUGACCAUUGGCCAUGCCGGCUACUCCCUCUACACUGGCUGCCCAUUCCCUGCCUGGAUGCAGUGGGCCCUGAUUGGCUACGCUGUCACCUUCAUCAUCCUAUUCGGCAACUUCUACUACCAGACCUACCGACGCACCCCACGCUACGCCAACAAGGCGGCCAAGUCCGUCACCAAUGGCAUCUCCACAGCAACCAACGGCUACAACAAGUUAGAGGAGGUAGAGGAGAACGGGAAGAAGCAGCAGAAAAAGGGAAGAGCGAAGAAGGAGUGAGGAGGAGGAGGAGGAGAGGACGGAGGGAGCCUCUGUCAGACCAACUGGAGGACCGUGGGGUGAAAGGGAAGGGGAGGAAGGGGGGGUCAGGGGUGAAAGUUCAAAAGGCAGAUGGGAUUCCACCACACCCCUGCCCAUGCAGGAUGUUUCGAGGAUGUGAAUUGUGACCAACUUGUGCUGGUGAAGGUGUGGGUGUGGGUGUGGGUGUGGGUGUGGGUGUGUGUGUGUGUGUGUGUGUGUGUUUGUGUUUGUGUGUGUGGGCAUGGGAGUUUGGUGAGGUUUGGGUGUGGAGGGAUGGGGGUGGGAGGAGGGGGUUGGUUGUUUAUAUAGUAGUUCUUUUUUUACAACAAAAGAAAAUCGCUGCUCUUCAUGUGCUCUGUCUCUUUACUUUGGGGUCCUGGUCGAAGAUAGGACCGCAAAAAGACCUCAACACAACCACAGGGACCACAGGGACUCAGCAGCCACAGUGUUUCCAACCAAAACUCAACCCAUUUUGUACUUUUCUUUGUUUAACUAAAUGCUGAUGUAGUGAUACAAAUGCUUAUUUAUUUUGUAGCAUUUUAAAUUAAAUUCUAUAAAUUAAGUUAUUUCUGUGGAAGAACCUUCCAGAAAUGUGUACCAAAGAAGGUUUAUUUUGCAUUGGGCGAUGAGUAAGCAAAAUAUUGGUGGAACCAAGUUGUUUUACAGUACAGGAUCUGUUCUCAAUUCAAUUUUUUUUCCUCUCUAAGUGUCUCAGACACAAUUGUGUCAGUACUUAAGUACUGGUCUACCUGUCAACCUGGAACACAGACUAACUGCAAGCCCCCUCUGCCAUACACACAUGCCCUAACGUACAUAAUAUACACAAACAUACACAUUCCUGGAAUGUGUGUCUGUACGAGAGAUUGAGGGAACGAUGUGCACUUUGAAUGCAUGGUAGUGAAUCUAUAGGGAGUUUGGGUGAGUAGUCAUAUGUGCAAAUUGUUAGUGUAACAUUAUGGAGUUUGGGUGGGUAACAUACUGUACAUGCAAGUUGGCUGACAAACACCUUUACUGCUAACUGAGUGUUUAUCUAUUUGUUUGGUUAUUAAAUUGGUCCUGUGCAUUGAUAUUGUUAUUUUUGUUGUUGUUGUGGAUCUCAUGGAUUUUCUGCAUCAUUUUCCUAAUUUUGUGCUGUGUAAUGUAGCUACUGUGCAACUGAGAAACAUGUCUAACUCAAGACAACCAAACAGGACUGAGGGGGAAAGGGAUAUCUCAUCUCAAAGGGCUUUUUAAAAAACAGUAUAUUCAUUAUUA